AUGAAGGUGCUGUGCGUGGCGGAAAAGCCGAGUAUCGCGAAGAGUAUCACCGAGAUCUUGUCUGGAGGAAGAUGGGAUACACGCAACAGCGGUCACCAAUACAUCCGAAAUUAUGAUUUCGAUUACAACCUCCCUCCUCCCCUAGGUCCCGGCCGCGGAGCAGACUUUACAGUCACAGCUGUCCUCGGACAUCUGACAUCAUCUGAUUUCGACGAUGAUCAUCGAAAAUGGAGCUCCUGCGACCCGUUCGCCUUGUUCGAUGCCCAGAUCAUCACCAAAGUUGAAGGGAAUAUGAAACAAGUCGAGCGAAAUCUGCAGAACGAAGCCCGCAACGCCGAUCUACUCAUCAUAUGGACAGAUUGCGAUCGUGAGGGCGAACACAUCGGAUCUGAGGUAGCGACGGUCUGCGUCAGGGCGAAUAGGCGGCUGCGGGUCAAGCGCGCUCGCUUCAGUGCCAUCAUACCUGCCCAGAUCCACCAAGCAUGCCGACAGGCCAACGACCUCGAUCAGAGACAAGCGGAUGCCGUCGAGACUCGGAUAGCGCUCGACUUGCGGAUCGGAGCAGCUUUCACCCGAUUGAUGACCAUGUCGCUUCAGACCCGAAUACCAGAAGUGUCCGAGCAGAUCAUCUCUUACGGUCCCUGCCAAUUCCCCACCCUUGGCUUCGUCGUCGACCAAUACACUCGCGUCCAAGCCUUCAUCCCCGAAACAUUUUGGUACAUCUACGUCGCCAUCGAUCGAGUCGAUGAUGAUCCCGAAUCGCUCGAAGAAGCGGAAGCUAGGCUCGUCGAGUUCAAGUGGAGGCGAAACCACUUGUUUGAUAUGGAGGCGGCCGCGAUACUGUUUGAGCAAUGUGCGCUCGAACCGCUGGCGACUGUGACCAAGGUGGAGACCAAGCCGACGACGAAAUGGAAACCGCUCCCUCUUACAACGGUAGAGCUUCAACAGUCCGGCUCCAGAUUACUGCACAUGGCUCCGAAGCGAGUUCUAGAUCUCGCUGAAAAGCUGUAUCAGAAGGGUUUCCUCAGCUAUCCUCGUACCGAGACGGACCAAUAUGACAAAGCAUUUGACUUUGCCUCGCUCGUCCAGAAACAGACCGUCGAUAACGCAUGGGGACAAUUUGCGCAAAAGAGAGUUUCCCUUUGUGUCGAGCUUGGACGGCUGGUCGACGGGGAAUUCCAAACUCCUCGAAACGGCAGGAAGAAUGAUAAAGCCCAUCCUCCCAUUCACCCGACCGCCGCUGCGCUCAAUCUCGAUGGAGACGAAAGGCGGGUCUAUGAGCUAGUCACCAGGCGAUUCUUGGCUUCCUGUCAUCGAAACGCCGAGGGAAAGACGACGACGGUCGAGGCGGAGAUAGCUGGGGAGAUGUUCUCAGCUAGCGGUCUCGUCGUUAUCCGUCGGAACUACCUAGAGGUGUACCCGUAUGACAAGUGGAACGGAAAUGCGCUACCCGACUUUCAAGAUGGAGAGCAGUUCAUGCCGGACAAACUCGAGCUGAAGGAGGGGCAAACGAGCCGGCCAAAUCUCCUCACUGAAGCGGACCUGGUAGGUCUGAUGGACAAGAACGGGAUUGGAACGGAUGCUACCAUCGCCGAACACAUCGCCAAGAUCAUUGAGCGAGAAUACGUCAAAGAGAAGCAAGAACAGCGGAUCAAGUACCUCGUCCCUUCGCUACUGGGAAUCGGGCUCGUGGAGGGGUACAAUCAGAUCGGUUUCGAUCGCUCGCUUAGUAAACCUCAACUUCGUGCUGAGACGGAAGUCAAGAUGCAGAUGAUCUGUGAUGGCGUCCGGCAGAAGCGGGAGGUGUUGGAUCAGUCAGUGGAUGAGUACAAGGAAGUGUAUGUCAAGGCUCGGCGGGAGUUUGAGACUAUCGUCGACCGAGUAAAGCACUACCUUCACGGUCAAGGAGAGGAACAGGACGCACUCCGGGCCGCAGCUCGAGGUGGUCGGGGAGGAAGAGGUGCCGCGCGAGGUGGACGAGGUGCGGCCGGAGGAAGGGGCGGACGUGGAGGUGGCGCGGGCGGUGCGGGAGGAGCGAGGGGGCGGAGGAACGAUGACGACGAUGAUGAUGACGACGACGAAGGCGGAGGAGGGCCUGCAGGUGGUGGAGGGGCUAUAGCAAGGGGAAGAGGGAGAGGUGCUGCAAGAGGGGCAGCAGCGAGAGGCCGAGGGAGGGGAGGUGGCGAUGCGCCGGCGCCAAGGAGAAGAGCAGCUAGGGCUGAUUCAGACGAUCCUCCCGGCGGUGGACCAGGCGCGACUCCAACAUGUCAAUGCGGAAACGAUGCGGUUCUUCGGACAGCGACCAAAUCAGCCGCGAACCAAGGCCGUCAGUUCUGGACCUGCACAAAGCCGCAAGGCGAUCAGUGUGGCUACUUCGAAUGGGCAGAUCAAGCUGGAGCUGCCUCUGCUGGUCCGAGCCGUCGGACGAAUGGCGCGUCUCGUGCGGCUUCUCCGCCGCCCGCCAAGCGACAACGGACCGCUGCAGCCGAGGUAAGUUUCGGAAAUGACGGUCAUCUGCGGUGUGACUGUGAUCUUGAAGCUGCAUCCCAAUUCGUCGGCAAAGAGGGAGCAAACAAGGGUCGGCGUUUCUGGUCUUGUCCCAGCAGCAAGCUAGCCCGCUGCAAAUUCUUUGCGUGGGACGAUGACAAUAACUCUAGGAAUGGGUUUAGCGGGGGUGGUGGAAGCGGCGGCGGCGGAGGGGGCGGAGGGGGAAGUGGCGGUGAGUCCUAUGCCCUCCGGAUGCUUGACAUUACUGACACUGCCUCAGAAUGCUUCAAAUGUGGCGAAACGGGCCAUUGGGCCAAUGCGUGUCCAAAUGAAGCUGGAGCUUCUCGCUCGGCACCGGCUGGUAGAAGCGGAGGUCGGGCAGGUGGGGGAGGCGGUGGAGGUGCUGGGUCGAACGAUGGUAAGCUACUAAUCCUGGUGAGAGGAUGUAGCUGA